AUGAGUAGAACAUUAAGUGAAUUAAAUCUGUAAGAUCAAAAAUAAGCUUUUGAUAUUCUCUAAAGAUAAGAACAAAGUUUUAAACACAGCAUCACAUAAAAUCAAUUUAGAAGCACAUUUACAAAGCUAUCUAAAUAAAAAAAGAAUGAUUUGCCUGAUAUUUAUAAUCUAAAAAAGGACACACCAGUUGACAUCUUCAAACCAAAAGAUGGACAAUAUUAGAAUCUAAAUUUUAAGCCUAAAAUGAAUUUAACAAACAAAGAUUUUUAUUAGCCUUUGCAAUAUGUGCUUCGCCCUAGAAAAAUAAAAAAUGAUGAUAAGAAGGAUGAGGAGUAGAUAGUUGUAGGAAAGAAGCCUUCAAUGAAAAUCUUUGAAAAUAAGUAGAAUCCAAAACCAGUUAAAAGUAUAUAUAAAUUUUAAAUAGAAGAGGAAAAUUGGGUUGACUCUGUCAAGCCUCCCAGAUCUUCAAUGAACCCUUUGCAUUUAGUUCCGAAUCCAACUUAAAAUAAAGAAGAUUUGGAAGUAAAGAAAGCAAACAUUUAAGUAAAAAAUAUUAAAACUCCAUUCAAAAAUGAGUUCAUUGGAAAUUAGAUCAAUAAUAAUGAAGAAAUAACACAAAAAAUAGGAAAAGAACUUGAAGAAUAAUUUAAUAACAAUGAAACUUUAAAAAAAGAGUUUUAAGAAUUCUUAAAAUGGUAAAACUAAACCUAAAAAGGUAUGAGCAGGAGUACAUCCUAAAAUCAUUUUUAUAAAAAUAAUUCUAACAUAACAAACCAAGAUCACAUAAUCCAAAUAGCUAAAUGUUUAAUCCUAACCCAUAACAAUUCACCAUCGAAUUUAAAAAAUAAAAGAGUUAUCACACUCGGAAGACCAGGAGACGAUUUCCUGAGAGUAACUAAAUAUAAAGAUUAGAUAUAUUAUGAGAAAAAAAUGGAAAGAGAUAAAGUAAACUAAAAUUGGAAUGAGGUUAAUGGUAACUUUGAUGAACUUCAUUAUUCGAGUUAUAUGAAAGGAUAAUAGAACUUAAAAAUAUCAAGAUUAUCUAAAGGAAUAGUCGAAUAAUAGAAACCUGACUUAAAGUGUGUAUAUCCUCUUAAAAUUGUAUUCAACAAAAACAAAAGGUUAGAUGUAAGUGUCAAAAGGCUAAAUAGAAAGAGGGUUGACUAUCUAAAUUAGAUUUAUGCUAAACAUAUGAUGGCAUACUUAUAUAAUGAAAAUAAGCAUCACGAAUUUAAUGAUAAUAAUCCAGAUGAAUAAAAUGAAUAUGGCUUUGAAGAUCUAUAAAAUGGAAUAUAUGUUACUACCAUUCCACCAUAAUGA